AUGAAGGUCCACAAAAUGUAUUAAUGUUUAUUUAUGAAGGAAUCCUGGGGGUUUAGAAAUUUUAAAGUGGAAGUUGUGCCACAUUCAUCAGGUUGUUUAACGUGUAAUAAUGAGAAACCUGAUGAAUGUUGGUAAUAUGAUCUAAUUGAAAUAACCUUGUUUGAUAAUUUUAAUUUUGAUGGAUGGAAUCUUGAUAAUUAAUAGUUUUCUAAAUAAAAUUAAUUAUUAUUCCAAAUAUCAUACUUCUAGAACUGUGCUUCUAAUAUUAUUUUAUAAUGCGGAAUCUAAGAACUAUUUGCUACCUGUAAUAUAAUUGACUCCUCCUAUUAUACCCAAAUAUUAGCGCAUGAACUUUUGCUAAUAAUUGAUUAACAAAUUAGUGCAUAAACAGUUUUUAAACAAAUUAAAGUCAUUAAUGUGUGGUAAUAGUAAUGAAGGUGAAAAGUUACGCAGCAAUCGUGUACCAUAGUCUCAUACAUCUGAUAAGAUGUAAAUCAAGAUGAAAUUUAACCUAGUUUCAUCAAAUGGAUUUUGGGGAUUAAGAGUUUUUAGAUUAUUUGUAGUUAAAUGUUAUGAAACAUGUCUUGCGCAUUCUGGGUCAAAUAAGAAUGAUUGUUAAGCUUGUAAAUCUGAUUUAUAUUACAUAAUUUUGAAUGUGUAGAUGGUAUCAUUUCAAUUAUAAUUUAGUAAAAUGGAGUUUGGGAUUAAAACAAUUUUUUAACUUUAAGAUUUUCAAGCUUAAAUUGGAUGGACUAUAUCUAAUGUUUAUAAUAAUAAAUCCCCAUUUUAAACAUGUGAUAAUACUAAUAUAUUGAGAGGAUUCUCCUUAUCAGCUAAGGAUGCUUAAAUAGCAUUAGAUUUUAAUCCUAAUCACACCAAAAUAAGAGUCAAAUUAGAAUUUUGAAAUUUGGUAUUUUAGAAAAUAAAUGGUUUCAAGUUUAUUAAGCAUAAUUUGGAUUUUGAGAAAAGUAAGUAAAUUGGGGAUCAAAUAAUCCAUAUGUUUAUAGAAAAUUUAGAUUUUGAAUUUCUUCAUAAUAAGCCCUCUAUCAAUUUGUUAAUGACGAGUAUUUUAGAUCAAUUUGCAGAUGAGGAAUCUUGGGGUAUCAGAAAUUUUGAAUUAUUAUAUGGAGUACCAAAUGAGUGUAGUUAUCCUAUCAUAGAUUUUAAUAAUAUGCCAGAAUUCAUAGGAAAUAGGUUUACUUAAUCAUCAGAUUAUUCUUUUGAUCAAUCAUUAUAAAUAAAAUAGUAAUAUCUGAACUUGGAAUCUCUUUGUAGCCUAACUUUGAAUAAACUAUUAAUGGUGAUCCUACAAUUUACAAACUAACUAUUUCAAUUAUGUGUACUUGUUAUUAAAAUGAUUUAACAUUUUUGA